AUGUACAAGGCACUUGUGGGUGCCAAACAGGCCACAUCUGUAUUGGAAUAUAGACCUCACCCGGGGCUUCCCAGACAAAAAUUUGGAUGGGAUCAGGACGCAGUCAAAGGAGGCCUCACCAGUAUUCAAAUCCUGCUGAUCUGGGUGACUGCUCAAGGUAACUAUUCCCAAUGGUUGGCAACAACAAUUGACAGAGAAGAUAAUGAGAAUUUUUGCUUGGAGAACCAGAAUUUCUUGUGGAUUCAAGUUCACAUUGAACAAGACCCCAGAGUCAAGAGCCUAUCAUCUUUGGUUAUGCCCAGCGGAUUUGUCAGCCGCCAUGAUGCCAAGGAGUAUCCCUUCUAG